UGAUGAGGAGGUGGGCAUGAGCAGUAGAGGGAACGGAGCAGCCGCCGAAAGCGUAAAGAGAGCCAUAAUUCGCCGGGCCGCCCCGCAAUCAGGUUCGUGCUUUACAAUCCGCCUUACUCGUGACAUUCGUCGUCGAAUGAAAAAAAGGACGGUAGUGUGCACGUUUUUACUUAAAUGUUACUCGUCUCCGCGGUUGGACCGUUCCGUUAGUUUUCUCGCUCUACGUGUAACUGCGCGACGAGAGAGCGACGUACGCGUGUUUAGAGCGAUUCAUUGAUCUUCACACGCGUAGCAUCGCGCGCGGGCUACGCGGUUCAUAUGUCGCGCUUCUGAGGGGACGAGUCGAGUGUCGCCGCGCACGACAGAGAGAGAGAGAGAGAGAGAGAGAGAGAGAGAGAGAUAAACUUCGGAAGUAGUGGUGCUGAGCGGAGGCGCGCAACGAGGAGGAAAAUGAAAAGAAACGCAGUGCCUCAUUGACAGCUUCGCACCAAAGUCAUUCUACCUGUCAGCCGGUUGUCUGUCAAAUUGUUUUCUUCGUUACACACGAUUCGCUAGAUUUCCAUCUUUUGCUCCAAUCGAUUUCCACAUGACGCUCGUACCAGGACGGAGGGACUCUCCUUUCAUUAUUAUUUCCAACACCUAGUGCGACUGGAUACCAGAAAAAAGUACGAACUGCAGAGAUACCAAAGAUACUGGAACGAAGAAAAAAGGGUAACCUAAAAACAGAAGAAAUAAACGAGAAGAGAAAGAAAAGAAAGGCAAAAAGUGAAUAAAAACCGGAAGGGGAAUGGUAAGCAAGAACACCAGGAUAAGACAAAGUGUCUCUGUCAUUAAUAUCGAGGAUAAAACAGCGAAAGAGAAACUUUGUAGGCUCAUUUUCCGGCACUGGAUGUCGGACUGACGCGUCGACCGCGACGCAGAAGGGCAGAAGGUGCAAGCAUUUCGGUAUGCGCGAAAAAGUGAUAUAUACUGACAUCUCCGAGGAACAGUUAAACAUAAAGAAGGGGCGAGAGAAAAAGAGAAGAUUUAUUUCUAUCAUAGGCUUACAAACCAGAAACCGGGAUGGCUUAAUGCAAAUAGUUCCUCGAAAAAUAUCUGAUUAUCAAUAUUACAUGAGCAAAAAGGCCAAAUAAUCAAAAUAGAAAGAAAGUAGCCAAACUUCAAUUUCGGGGAACUAUUCAGCAGAUACUAUACUUUCGUACUACAGUAUCUGAUACUAUUUGGUACUGUUAAAACUAAAGAAGAAGCAUCCAAGAAAUUCAACGCUGGACAUCUCUCUCUAAGGUAACAGGAGAUUGCCACACUUUCAGAAAACAAUCGAGGACGCCCAAUCGCUAGCCAUCAAAAUAAGCAAUAGCGUCUCUCGCGCCAAGUACAUACACAUUACACACAGCAACCGUCUAUCAUUUCGUGCUCUCAGUCCGACGUUUUACCGCGCGGUGCCACUUCUAUCAUGACCCAAGUACUAUGAAAUUCUUCAACGUGGUGUACGCGAAGUUUCCCCUGUACCUACUUUUAUUUGGGCGCUUAGCUUUCAUUUGUUGGCUUUCACUUCUGACAAACAGCCAUUGCGUAAGAGGUAUCUGUGACGAUCCAUUUCGAAGCAUCGAACAAUUGUAUCGCGACCAGGUUAUUUCGCCGUAACUUGAUCCCGGCGAUUAAUUUCGGGCGCGAUUGAAUCCCCCCUCCACGCCGAGGACCUUCUCACGGAAUAGAGAACGGACAAAACAAAAAAAAAGAAGCGCGAGUGCGAUCCGAUCCGAGGAGACUUUGUGAAGGUGAAGUAGUGUCCGAGGGUAGAGUGAGACGCGCGGGCGAGGAGAGUGUGAGCACGAUAGCACCGCGGGUCGUGAUUCUCAAGGGGACGGACGCCAUGGCGGCUUCUUCGUCCUCGUCAAUUGGCGGAGAGCAGCAAUACUCUCUGAGAUGGAACGACUUUCAAUCAAGCAUCCUCAGCUCUGUACGUCAGCUGAGGGAUGUGGAAGACUUCGUCGACGUCACGCUCGCCUGCGACAGCUGCAGCUUCACCGCGCACAAGAUCGUUCUUUCGGCAUGCAGUCCGUACUUCCGAAACCUGCUCAAGGCAAAUCCAUGCCCUCAUCCGAUCGUAAUCCUGAAGGAUGUAGCAUCGUCGGACAUGGAGUCCUUGCUGCGUUUUAUGUAUCACGGGGAGGUGCACGUGGGCCAGGAGCAGCUACCCGCUUUUCUGAAGACGGCUCAGAUGCUUCAAGUGCGGGGUUUGGCGGACGUUAAUAGCGGCGCCACGAAAAUUCCGUCGUCGUCGGCCGGCAACAACGGCAGCGCACCUGCGACCCCACGUAAUUGGCAGGAUAACGGCAGAGGAGAGCUCAAUGAAAGUGAUAUGAGUCCACCUCAGGAAAAGCGAGCGAGAAGUUAUAGUCCGCCAAUGGGUAACCAUGUCGAACAAAAGUCGGAUCUUCAGGAGUCCUUGUUAGGCCAGGCACUCGAAGGUGGUCCCACGAUACACACGACAUCCUCAAACAAUAUACAGGCGCAGUCAACUGGCGAAGAUUCGAAUUCUAUGUCAGAAAAUGAGGAGGAUAUGUCGAACCACGGCAGCAUCCUGAACGCGGUGAAGACCGAGCCAAGUGACAUUCUAAAUGACUCUAUAGAACACCAUCGUAACAGCUUCCCCGCAGCAUUACUGAGUCUUCAAGGCAUGAACAUGCCAGGACCAUCUGGUAUACAUCAGGUCGCCAAUCAGGAUCCAAAUUAUGUCACUCGACGAAGUCUGGAUAUGAUUCGAGUUCGUGCUACGGAUCCUAGGCCGUGUCCGAAAUGCGGAAAGAUGUAUCGUUCAGCACAUACGUUGCGCACCCAUUUGGAAGACAAACACACGGUCUGUCCGGGAUACCGCUGCGUUCUGUGCGGAACGGUGGCGAAAUCACGGAAUUCUCUACAUUCGCACAUGUCGAGACAACAUCGGGGCAUCAGCACGAAAGAUCUUCCAGUCAUGCCGAUGCCCAGUAAAUUUGAUCCCGAGUUGGCGUCCCGUCUUUUGGCUAAGGCUGGAGUCAAGGUGAGUCCGGCUGAACUCCGCGCACGAGCCAGUCCAACAGCAUCUCGAAGAAGCGACAUGAGGUUGGAACCACCUCGUGCAGGCGCGUCCGAAGUGGACAGCUGCGGCGGUGAUGAUCCGGAAGAUCUUAGCCUUAGGUACAAUUCGCCACUUUCGAACACCGUCAUUACUAAGGUAAGCGGCAACAGCAACAGUAGCAGCAAUAGCAAGAAUUCGACAAUGAUCGCCACCAAGUCCCUGGAUUCCAUGCAUGGUAACGGUGAUCUCAACAUGGCACCGCUGCCACAUGGCAGUCAUCAUCCAAGCCACAGCGCGAUUGCUGGCUCGGCCCUUUUGGACACCUAUUUGCAGCUUAUUGCAGAGAAUUCCGGUCUAUCGGCGAUAGGACUUGGUCCAGAUGCGGCCGCCGUAGCUCACGCCGCUAAGAUGGCGCGCAUAAAUAUGGAAAAGCAUGGCAGUCGCAACUUAGAGGAUUAUCCUAUGAUCGGCAGAGACGAGGGUCGAGGUUCUGGAGUCGUCCACGAGGAUAGGCAGGAUUUCGACAGACAUAGCGGACUUGUCGAUGAAGCGGAAUCGUCAGGUGUGGAUGACGACGAAUUUAGCGAGAAUGAGGAGUCAGAAGUGAUAAAGGAAUAACUCCUCCCUCGUAGAUUAACUAAUUGCAAAGGGCAUCUUUGAACUACUGACAGUUCUUUGAGAUAAUCUUCGCUUCGCGGCAACAUAAAUUGUCGCUCGUGACAAUUUAUGUUUAAUGAAGCUAUAGCUGGGAGGCAAUAGUGUGCCAGACGUCCAUCCGAGGAAUCGACCGAUGAUUUUCGAUCGUUUCUAAUUACGUGCUAUUAUUGCGCGAAAUGGUUUAUGAAGUUUAUUGAAUGUCAGGCAAAGAGUCAAAAAGUCUCCAAAAUUCUGACACCGAUGACACAGAUGAUGCGUGGACAGGCUUGUUUGUUGGACUAGAGUCAUUUAAUUGCCACUACGGCAAAUAAGCGCAUAUGUAUACGUGCAAAGUCAGAUACAUAUGCAAAUAUGUGUAUACUACACGCACACACAUACACAUAUAUACAUACAUACAGACACAUAUGUAUACAAGCGCGUGUGCGCGAUGGAGCACUCACACAUACGCCACAAAUAUUCCAUCCAUCUACCUCAGUGCACAUAAUAGAUGAUAGAACAGGCUAAGUCGAAUCUCAGUAGACGAAGGAAAGGUAAAGUACGCCGCUGGAUCGCAGAACAACAAUGAUCGCAAGGUUUGACAAUUGCUGCAAGCAUUCAAGAUAUCGAAUAUGAUGAUUAGGCAAGGCAAUUUUGCUGUUUAUUUUCCGAAAGUUUAAGAGACUUAAAAAUUAAGCGCGCUAUUAACAAUAUUUAUUAUUAUAUCAUUAUAAAUGUUGAACACACUCUUAGAUAUAUCGCUUAGAUUUGUAGAAACAUUCGGAUGACAUUAAGUCACCUUUAACUUUUUUUAUUUGGGUAACGCGCGUAGUGACACAGUGUCCUGCCGUAUCUACUGCACGCACAUAUAUGGCUGAAUGCAUUAACGCAUUAAUAUAUGAAUGCCACGUCAUUCAUAUAUGAAUAACAUUCAGUUUUGUGAAAAAUUUCCCCGAAGGCAAAUAUGCAUCUUUUCUUUCAUAAUUUAUUUUUUUUAUCAUAGAGAAUAAACAUUAUCAUUAUUAAACGAUAAGAUUUUUUACGAAAAUUCGAUGUUUUUGUUAUCUUUAUUUAAAUGAUGAGUAAUUCUCGGAAAUAGGGAAUGUCAUUUAUCAUUGGUCGUAUACCGUGGUAUCCAAUAUAUUGAUGUUUAAUGCACACAACUGCCUCUUGCUCGAAAA